GGGCCGCACGGAGGGCGGAGUUGCGGCCCGAGGACGCGACGCGAGCCCAGUUCCGGCGAGGAGGCCGCGCCAGUGACAGCGAUGGCGGCGGAGUCGGCGCUCCAAGUUGUGGAGAAGCUGCAGGCGCGCCUGGCCACGAACCCCGACCCUAAGAAGCUCUUGAAAUAUUUGAAGAAACUUUCCAUCUUGCCUAUCACAGUAGACAUUCUUGUGGAGACUGGGGUAGGGAAAACAGUAAACAGCUUUCGAAAGCAUGAACAAGUGGGGAACUUUGCCAGAGACUUGGUGGCCCAAUGGAAGAAGUUGGUUCCUGUAGAGCGAAACAAUGAAGCUGAGGAUCAGGAUUUGGAGAAGAGCAGUUCCCGAAAGCGCCCCCGAGAUGCUCUUCAGAGGGUGGAGGAAGUGGAGGGGGACUACCAGGAAAGUUGGAAAGCCUCUGGCAGCCGAUCCUAUAGUCCUGAGCACAGGCAGAAAAAACACAAGAAACUCUCUGAGCCUGAAAGGCCUCACAAAGUGGCUCACAGUCACGAGAGGAGGGAUGAAAGAAAGAGGUGUCACAGAGUGUCACCACCAUAUUCUUCAGACCCUGAGUCUUCUGAUUAUGGCCAUGUUCAAUCCCCCCCACCUUCCAGUCCACAUCAAAUGUACACCAACCACUAUAGGUCGCCAGAGGAGGACCAUGAGCCCAUCAUGUCACACCAGAAGCCUGGAAAAGUCCACAGUAAUACCUUUCAGGACAGACUAGGAGCUAGUCAAGAACGACACUUGGGUGAGCACCAGGGAAAAGGGGCUGUAAGCCAAAACAAGGAGCACAAAUCUUCCCACAAGGAGAAACGGCCUGUGGAUGCCAGGGGUGAUGAGAAGGGCUCUGCCCUGGGCAGAGAGAAAUCAUCACACAAGGCCUCUUCCAAAGAGGAGAACCGAAGGCUGCUCUCAGGGGACAGUGCCAAGGGGAAGCUGCCCUCUAGCGUUGCCAAGAAAGAGAAGGACAGAGAGAGCAACAGUCUCAAGAAGUUUGCACCUGCCUCAGAGGCUGUUUCAGAAAACCACUUUAGAAAGCCCAAACACAAGGACUCCGAGAAGAGCAAGGCAGACAGGAACAAGCCGAGUGCAGACGGCUUAGACUCGGGGCGGGGGGCAGGGGACCUGCUGCUCAAAGCAAAAGAGAAAGCUCCCAACAGCCUGAAGACCCCGGAGGGAAAAGGAAGAUCUAACUCGGAUCGAAAGUCACCAGCCUCGCUCCCUAAAGUAGAGGAGCCGGAGGUGGAUGAUGAGUUUGAGCAGCCCACCAUGUCCUUUGAGUCAUACCUCAGCUAUGACCAGCCUCGCAAGAAAAAGAAGAAGGUUGUGAAACCCUCAACCACAGCACUUGGAGAAAAAGGACUUAAAAAAAAGGACUCCAAAAGCGUUAGUAAAAACUUGAACUCAGUUCAGAAAUUGCCCAAGGUCAAUGAAAACAAGUCCGAGAAGUCGCAGCCAGUGGGAGCUGAGCCUCCCAGGUCUCGAAAGGCCCCUACUGAUGUGCUGCCAGCAUUGCCAGACAUCCCCUUACCUGCUAUACAAAGCAACUACCGUCCCCUUCCUUCCCUUGAGUUGAUUUCUUCCUUCCAGCCAAAGCGAAAAGCAUUCUCUUCACCCCAGGAAGAAGAAGAAGCUGGAUUCACAGGACGCAGAAUGAAUUCUAAGAUGCAGGUGUAUUCAGGUUCCAAGUGUGCCUAUCUCCCCAAAAUGAUGACCUUGCACCAGCAGUGUAUCCGGGUGCUUAAGAACAACAUUGCAGCUAUCUAUGAAGUGGGAGGAGUCCCCUAUUCUGUUCUUGAACCCGUCCUGGAGAGGUGUACACCUGAUCAGCUCUAUCGAAUAGAGGAAUGCAAUCACGUAUUAAUUGAGGAAACAGAUCAGUUAUGGAAAGUUCACUGUCACCGAGACUUUAAGGAGGAACGACCAGAAGAGUACGAGUCCUGGCGGGAGAUGUACUUGCGGCUUCAGGAUGCCAGAGAGCAGCGGCUGCGCCUGCUCACCAACAACAUCCGGUCUGCACAUGCCAAUAAGCCGAAAGGACGACAAGCAAAAAUGGCUUUUGUCAACUCUGUGGCCAAACCACCUCGAGAUGUCCGACGAAGGCAGGAGAAGUUUGGAACUGGAGGAGCAGCUGUCCCUGAGAAAGUCAGGAUUAAGCCAGCACCAUAUACAACAGGAAGCAGCCAUGUUGCUGCUAGCAACAGCAGCAGCAGCUUCCACUCCAGCCCCGAGGAACUGGCCUUUGAUGGGCCCAGUACCAGCAGUGCCCACUUAGCUCCAGUGGCUAGCAGUUCUGUUUCCUAUGAUCCUAGGAAGCCAGCUGUGAAGAAAAUCGCCCCAAUGAUGGCUAAGACAAUUAAAGCUUUCAAGAACAGAUUCUCCCGACGAUAAAUAGGACUUGCCUUGGAGGUGGAGUCUGGGAAGCAAAAAUACAGGGAUGGUAGGGACAGGAGAAGAGGAUGUCCACAGAAGACCCAUAUCUUUUGCUUUGUGGAACUUUUAGCCUCUGACUCCUGCACAGUUGCAGGUAUCUUCCUGUGUGCCACAACCCUGCACCCUGCCUGGAGCACACUUCAGAUUUCUGAAGACAGUAUGAAGCCUCAGUCUUACUGAGGACUUUAAGGUCAAUUAUACUUUUAUUGCUAAUUAGCAUCUUUGUAAACUAUAAGACAUAGUUUUAAUUAAUAAAUAUUGCCCCCAGAUGUAUUUAUAGUACCCCCAGGGGUUUUUGUUUUGUUUUCUUUACUUAUUAUUUUUUUUAAUUUUCUUUUUUUUUUUUUCCCCUCUAUUGUAUAUUUAGCAUUUUAUUUUCCAGGUCUUUUAUUAAAGUUAGAUGAGUCUAGCAAAAGCCAGUCUUGUUCUAGGUCAGGUCUUUUGAGUAGACACUGGUCCAAAAGGUUGUCCCCAGAGCUUGUGUGUCACUUCAAACCCAAAUAUGGAUGGAGCCAGGAGUUAGGAAGUGCUGGACUGCCUGUCCUCCAGGGGAGCCUUGACAUAGUAACUGUUCAGAGGGUCCUCACUCUGAGACCAUCAAGAGUUCUGGGUAGGGGUCUUUCUUCCCUGCCCUUCAGUAGUGUUUGCUAAGGAAGGUUGUUUGCAGAGUCUAGAGUUCUUCCAUCUUCUGCAAAUCACGCUCCUCCCUGUUCUAAGGCUCACUGGAAGACAGAGCCUGGGUCAAAUUUGCAUAGGACCUCAGCAGGUUUAGGAUUUCUAGUUUCUGGUUCAGUAUUUUAGCCCCUCCUCCCAACCCCUUAUUUUUCCUUUCCUUACACCACCGGGAAAUACAGACAUGGCAGGGCUUUUGUAGCUCUGAAUGUGGGUUUUGGGGUUCUGAAAAGCCAGCACUUUACUCUCUUGUUCCCUAUGAAUUACUACUAGGAGUGAAUUAUUUGAAACAUUGUAGUGCUCUGUUGGAAACUGUUUUUGUUUUAAAGGAAAGAUCAUGAGACUGGAAGAGCACAGCAGGUCGCUGUGUCCAGCAGAGAACUUGCUGGGAAGCCCUCCCUCUACCUUCUGAGUGAGGGCCAGAGUUAGGAGAAAAGGGCCACCUUUGGGAGGGGCUGGACUAUACACACUGAGUCAGGGAAACCUGGUCCCAGCUAGCCAGCCAGUUCUGAAGGGAGGGAAGCUCUUUCCAGCUGACAUGGAGGCAAGAUCAGAAAACUAAGAGGGCAGCACCAGCUCCUUCCUUGCAGUCAGAAAGUAUGGAGCUAGUAGGAGUCGCUUGGUUAUAAGCCAAGUGAAAGAAGCUGUGAAGUUGAGGGGACAGAUUGCUAACCUGUGCCAUCACUCCUAUCUACAUUGUUUUUAACCACCUUGCAGACCUCAGGCUAAUGAAGACUCCAAGGCAGCCCAGGAAACCUGCAUUGCCACGCAGGAUGCCUGUUGCCGUGGGACACAAGUAUUGCUGUAUUUGGGAUUGGGUAAAGCAUGUUUCUCUGGAUUGCUUAUUUCACAUACCACCUCUCUCUUAGCCUGACCUCGAAUCUACCAUCAGGUCUCUGACCUGAAAUCAAGGGGACAUUUGCACCAGGAGCCAGGCACCUGGUGCUCAGAAUAGCCCCUCUGGGUGUUGACCACCUCAGAUCUGCCUUAGCUCUGUUUCUAAGACUUCCCAUUGCCGUCUUUCCUGUUCUAGAUUCAGUUGUGUAUGAUUUAAUUCCCCUUCUUUGGAGUGUGUAGGCCUAGGGGAAGAAAGGGCACAGAUCUGUCUAUCUCCGGUGUCAGUGUCUGGUUUGGCACAUUGAUUUCUGAUGCAGCCAGUUUGCUUAGAGCCAGAUCUUCCACCUCGUCAAGAGUGUCUGUGUCAGGGAUGUGAUUGGUGAGAGUGGUGAGGGACCCAGGGAGCCAACCGUCUCCACAACCCUCCCCAGUGUACACAAUAGCCACAAAGCAGACACACAGUGAUGUUCAAUUUUUAGUUGCAUUUGUGAAAACUUGUGCAAUUUUUUUCUGUGCUACACUACAUACAAAUCACAAAUGACAGAUUAGCCCUUUGCGGUCCUUGGUGUAACAAGGGGUUCUCAGGGGCUUUCUUUCUCUUUUUUGGAGGCAGGAGUGAGCAUCAUUCUGCUCUUCAUUUGUAUUUCGGUCCCAAAAUGUAAAUACAAUUUUCUAUGUUACUUUUUUGUGGUAACUACAAGAUAAAUAUUUUAAUUAGAUAAGUUAUACAAAAAAGAAAAACUCAAGUCUAAAUAAAAAAACAAGAAUUCUA